GAUAACGUUCUGUAUCCGAUGACACGAACCAUUUACCUUAUAACCUCCUUUAUUGACAUUUCAUUCUCUUUGGGUAUAACUUGUUAACAGCUCGUUUAUAUUUUCUAAAUUUAACAAGACUAGGGAAUUUCAAAUGAAGCUUAGUCUCAAUUGAAAGUAAUCUCGGUAACUUAACGAUCUAAUGUCUAUUGAAUUUGAAUGGUCUAAGCUUGAUUCAGAGUUAGAAGAAAGGCUCUUUCAUAUACUAGAAGAUCGAGUUUCAAAGCUAGAUCUACCAAGCUACAUCAAAAACCUAAAGGUUACCGGAUUUCAUUUCGGAGACAUACCACCUGAAAUAAAUAUUGAGGAUAUAGGAGAUCCCGAUCCUCAGUUCUACGAAGAUGAAAUAUUGGAUCAGGUGAAUGAUGAAUUAGAAGGUGAUACAUCUUUGAGAACGACUUUUCCGACCUCGACUUCUGACUUACCUCCAUACGGCGCCGAGUACAGGUUUCCAAGGCUUGCUUAUUUUCAUCCAGCAAUUAGCACACCUGGGAUUAUAUCAGCUAGCGGACUUACAAGUCCCCUUAGGGAGGAACGUCCUAUACCAGCUUCAAAAAAUCGUGAAGAACGAAACCGUUCGGACGACUUUCAAGUGACAGUCCAUGUUCAAUACGACGGGAAUGCUAGUUUAAGUUUGGAAGCAAGUAUAUCUAUCAACUACCCUAAUUCCGAAUUUGUUAGUCUUCCAUUUCAACUAGUAUUCAAAGAAAUUUCCAUUGACGCAAUCGCUGUGUUAGCGAAAAUGGGGUCUCGUAUCAACCUUUGCUUCGUCGACACUUUGGCUCACGGUACGGAAGAGAAUGCUUCAAGCGUAAUUAAAUAUCUCAAAAUUGAAAGUGUUAUUGGAGAAUCAAAUCGACAGCUUUUAAAAAACGUUGCUAAGGUGGAGCGUUAUGUAUCACAGAAAGUAAAAAGAAUUAUCGAAGAUGAAUUAGUAUGGCCCAGUUAUCUUACGUUUGAAUAGAUACUUAGUGUUAUAUAAUUAAUGAACUAUAUUUUCUUAUUUUA